UUCAAAACAUUUAAGCACUCAGUGGUCCAGACUCUGAUGAACCAUUAGUUGCUACAAUAGAAAUGGAAUGGGGGUUUCUGGCAGAGGGGCUGGGGCAGCUGAAGCAUUGAUGAAGGUGCUCCAAGGGUCUUGGCACAGUGGCAAUUUACCAGCCAGGAUGGACAUACUUAAAGGUCUUAACAACUGAUGUGGCUGCAUGGAUGGAGUGACUAGAAAGACAAAAGGAUAGAAGCAUGGAUGGGUGGAUGGGAAGACAAGAGUCAAUGGGUGGGAGGAUGGAGGAUGAGUAGAAAGAUAGGAGGAUGGAUUCUGAGGGAAAAGAUGACGGAGGAUGGAUGGAAAGGUAGGAAGAUAGACAAAUGGAAAGAAGGGAAGGAGGGUGGGUGGAAGGAAGGACGUUUGCACAGAGGUUGGGUGGGUUCCAGAGUAAAGCCCUGGGUAACGGCCUGGUUUUGGCCCUGGAACCCUGCAGGUAGCUUCCUGGUGCCCUACAUCACCAUGCUCUUCGUGGAGGGCAUGCCGCUCCUGUACCUGGAACUGGCGGUGGGGCAGCGCAUGCGCCAGGGCAGCAUCGGUGCCUGGAGGGCCAUCAGCCCCUACCUUGGGGGCGUUGGCGUGGCCAGCGUGGUGGUGUCCUUCUUCCUCACCAUGUACUACAACGUCGUCAAUGCCUGGGCCUUCUGGUACCUCUUCCACUCCUUCCAGGAUCCCCUGCCGUGGUCCGUGUGCCCGCUGAAUGGCAACCAGACGGGCUACGAUGAGGAGUGUGAGAAGGCUUCCUCGACGCAGUACUUCUGGUACCGGAAAACCCUCAACAUCUCGCCGUCCAUCCAGGAGAGCGGGGCGGUGCAGUGGGAGCUGGCGCUGUGCCUCCUCCUGGCCUGGCUCCUGGUGUACCUGUGCAUCCUGCGGGGCGUCGAGUCCACUGGCAAGGUGGUGUACUUCACUGUGUUGCUGCCCUACUGCGUGCUCAUCAUCUACCUGGUCAGGGGCCUCACACUCCACGGAGCCACCAAUGGCCUGGCGUACAUGUUCACUCCCAAGAUGGAGCAGCUGGCCAACCCCAAGGCCUGGAUCAACGCAGCCACCCAGAUCUUCUUCUCGCUCGGCUUGGGGUUCGGCAGCCUCAUCGCCUUCGCCAGCUACAACGAGCCCUCCAGCAACUGCCAGAAGCACGCCAUCAUCGUGUCCAUCAUCAACAGCGCCACCUCCAUCUUUGCCAGCGUCGUCACCUUCUCCAUCUAUGGCUUCAAGGCCACCUUCAAUUACGAAAACUGCUUGAACAAGGUGAUUCUGCUGCUGACCAAUUCUUUCGACCUUGAAGAUGGCUUUUUGACAGCCAGCAACCUGGAGCACGUGAAAGCUUACCUGGUGUCUGCCUACCCCAGCAAGUACAGCGAGGUGUUCCCACAAAUUAAAAACUGCAGUUUGGAAUCUGAGCUGGAAACGGCUGUCCAGGGCACUGGUCUGGCUUUCAUUGUCUACACCGAGGCCAUUAAGAACAUGGAGGUGUCCCAGCUGUGGUCAGUGCUCUACUUCUUCAUGCUGCUGAUGCUGGGCAUUGGGAGCAUGCUGGGGAACACAGCCGCCAUCCUCACCCCUCUGACCGACAGCAAGGUCAUCUCCAGCUACCUGCCCAAGGAGGCCAUCUCAGGUCUGGUGUGCCUCGUCAACUGUGCCAUCGGCAUGGUGUUCACCAUGGAGGCCGGCAACUACUGGUUCGACAUCUUCAACGACUACGCUGCCACGCUGUCCCUCCUGCUCAUUGUCCUGGUGGAGACAGUCGCCGUGUGUUACCUCUACGGGCUGAGGAGAUUUGAAAGUGACCUGAAGGCCAUGACUGGACAGGCUCUGAGCUGGUACUGGAAGGCCAUGUGGGGCGGUGUGAGCCCACUGCUCAUCAUCAGCCUCUUUGUCUUCUACCUGAGUGACUACAUCAUCACGGGGACCCUGCGGUACCAAGCCUGGGAUGCCUCCCAGGGCCAGCUUGUGACCAAGGAUUACCCUCCAUAUGCCGUGGUCAUCAUUGGGCUACUUGUGGCCUCCUCCACCAUGUGCGUCCCGCUGGUGGCCCUGGGGACUUUCGUCAUGCGCCGCCUCAAGCAGGGAGACACAGCCUCCACAGCCUGAGAGCUGGGCUCACCGAGACUGCCAUCAGCCACUGUCUUACAGCCACUGAAGUACAGAUGGAGCUGCCUUGGCUGCUUUGGGAAACACUGACUCUGGAAGCACUCAGCCCAUAGCCUUCUUGAGUCUAGAAAGGAUGAGGAAGGUGAGAAGGAAGAAGACACCCUCAGGAGGACCCACACCCCACUCCAGAGUCACCGCGAGCUGGCUCCAGAGGCAGAGUGCUCAUGGCCAGUCUUGAAAACAAUUGCUUGAUUCUAGCAAAGUGCUAGGCUUAGGGCAUACCGUGAGCUGAAACUUGACCAUAAUUUUUAUGGGAUAAAAUUUAAGCAAUUUUUUUUUCCUGAAGAGAUCCCAAAAUAUUAGUGGGCAUUUGUUUUUAGAGCAGUUUGAGAAGUUUUUUAAGUACCUUAGAUGACAAAUCUGAAUGUCAUCAUUGAAAAAUUGUUCUUUUUUUCAGUCACAGUGAACCUGCAAUCACUGCGUUCUCCUUUGCUAACAGGAUUGGCCAUAAAGAAAGAAGGCCUUUGUCUGGGGCUCACAAAGCGGGGGUCACUUUUCCCAAUUCUGAGGCCUCUCAGUGGGUCCAAGACGAGUCCUCUCUACAAACAACCCCAAACCACCUUCAGCCCUGGUGUCUCAGUGCUCUAAGGAGCUGCCAGAGCCACCAUGAGGAUGAACAUGAGGCUAACUUUCCCACAGACCUAAGGUUAUAUUUGGACAUGAUGACCAACUCUUUACAGGAAUGACCCUGACCAUAACUUAGUUUUAGAUUAUUUAUCUGUACUUGUUUUCUAAAAUAUACGGAAAAAUUGCUCUCAGAGUAUCCUGUAAGUGAAGACACCAUAUUUUAUGAUACAGCAUUAGUCCACCCUGCGAACGUCUCCUGUCUUUUAACUGCAAUAAGUAGGUCAGGGUUAUCCCUAAAGUGAGAGGGUCCUUUCCUGCUCUAACAUUCCUGAAUUCCAUGCCCUCAGCAAAGCACAGAAAGUUUCUUUGGGUAGAUGUGUACUGACAUCUUUACAGACACUUAAACACUCACCUGGGACAUCAGCUGGAGAUGGCUUUUCUUUUAAAACUUCAUUUUCAUGCUAUCAACUUCCCUAUAAGAAGAGCAGGCAUUAGAAAGGUCUUAGGUGGUCCUGAACUUCCAGCUUCAGCUGAUGCCCAGUCAUGAAAGAUCACUUAGUGGUGCUGGGGAACUGGGCAGCCGCAUGCAAGUCAGUGAAGUUAGAACACACCCUCACCCCAUAUACAAAAAAGAACUCAAAAUGGCUUAAAUAUAAGACAUGACACUAAGACUCCUAGAAGAGAACAUAGGCAAAACAUUCUCUGACGUAAAUCAUACCAAUGUUUUCUUAGGUCAGUCUCCCAAGAGAAUAGAGAUAAAAGCAAAAAAUAAACAAACGGGACCUAAUCAAACUUAAGCUGUUGCACAGUGAAAGAAACCAUAAACAUAAGAAAAAGACAACCUAUGGCCUGGGAGAAAAUAUUUGCAAAUAAUGUUACUAACAGGGGCUUAAUUUCCAAAAUAUAUAAACAGCUCAUACAACUCAACAAAAAAAACCAAACAACCCAAUCCAAAAAUGGGCAGGUCUAAAUAGACAUUUCUCCAAAGACAACAUACAGAUGGCCAAUAUGCACGUGAAAAGAUAUGCUCAACAUCACUAAUUAUUAGAGAAAUGCAAAUCAAAACUGCAAAUCAAAAUAUCACACCAGCUAGAAUGACCAUCAUUAAAAAGUCUACAAAUAACAAACGCUAGAGAAGGUGUGAAGAAAAGGGAACCCUCCUACACUGUUGGUGGGAAUAUAAACUGGUGCAACCGUUAUGGAAAACAGUAUGGAGGGUCCUCAAAAAACUAAAAAUAGAGUUGCUAUAUGAUCCAGCAAUCCCACUCCUAGGCACAUAUCCAGACAAAUUCAAAAAGAUACAUGCACCCUUAUGUUCAUAGGUUGACAUGGAAACAACCUAAAUGUCCAUCAACAGAUGAAUGGAUAAAGAUGUGGUACAUGUAUACAAUGGAAUAUUACUGAGCCAUAAAAAAGAACAAAAUCAUGCCAUCUGUGGCAAUAUGGAUGGACCUAGAGAUUCAUACUAAAAAAGUCAAACAGAAAGACAAAUACCAUAUGAUAUCACUUAUACUGUAAUCUAAAACAUGACAUAAAUGAACUUAUCUAUGAAACAGAAACAGACUCACAGACAUAGAGAACAGACCUGUGGUUGCCAAGUAGGAGGAAGGGUGGGGCAAGGAUGGACUGGGAGGUUGGGGUUAGCAGAUGCCAACUAUUAUGCAUAGAACGGAUAAACAACAAGGUCCUACUGUGUAGCACAGGGAAUAUAUUCAAUAUCCUGUGAUAAACCAUAAUGGAAAAGAAAAAAAAAAUCACUUGGCUUUAAUAUGCAUGAACCAGCAUUUACUUACCACCACUAGUCAGUCCUGUGAUUUCUCUUCAGAGGGUUCUUUGGUGUCAAAAAACCUCAGCUAUCAAGGCUUGAAGAGUGAGCACACUCGACGGCAAAUACACAGCACAGAGACUGUUCCUGAAUCCUUAGGGGUCAGUCCCCGCCUCAGCCCCCAGUCACGGUCGCUUUCUUAACGCAGAGGCCGCCCCUCCUGGUCAUCAGCUGGCUGUUUCAGCCCGGAAUGCUAUGUAUCCUCAGGAGCAUAGACACAAAUGUUGUUAUAGAGCAGCACUUUAUUCACAGCUGUUGUACUUUAGUGGUCCUCCACCUCAGUGUCCAGGCGAACCACCGGGAGCAUUUAAAACUCCCGGUGCCCAGGCCAUGCCCCGGAAAUUGCCGAAUCUGAGAAUCAGGUCCCUGUUUAAGACAGAAGGAAAAUGUAUCACACAUUUACAUCAAAAGUGACCUGUAAAGUUUGAAAGCACUUCUAAUUGAGUGAAAAAGUUAUUUCUCCAGAAUAACUUUUGCUCAUGAAAGUCAAAUAGAUGAAGUCCCAUUAUUACAGACAAAUGGGCUCCAGGUGAAAAUGUCUCCAGUUUCAGUUCAGUUUUAUUCUGGUUUCUGAGAACUGCAUGAAGAACAGAACAUUUCACAGUAAUCUUCUUCAACCAUUAAGUCCUGUUUCAAAAAAUUCUUUGUUGACUAUUUUCUAGGGACUGCACAAAAGUAGUCAUGUUGACCUUUGCCCACCAUCCUCCAAUAAGCUGGAGAGAAAAAGGGAUAUUCCAUCCCUGUACCCUUAGCAGUGCAUCAGGGCCAGACAUGGACUCCAGAAAGCUUUCUACUUAUACUAAAAACAACUCUUGACUUAUUUCUAAAGAAUCAGGUAGGGAAAUAUUUGUUUUUUUUUUUUUCAGCAAUUGUCAUAAAUAAAACUCUAAACAAGUAUAUCUUGAGGUCUUUUUGAUCAUUUACGGGAUGUAGUUUUGAGACCUCUCCACAAAAGAUUUUCCCUUCUUAUGUAAACAUACUAGCUAAUUUUCAAAAAAAAACUGGAAAAUAAAGGAGAAUCCAUCUGGUC